AUCAGCUCCCUGGAGAUGUUCUUCUCUGGUUUUCCUCGAAUGGUCGGUCUUAACUUCUUCCCCAGGCUGUGCCAGCUCACCAUUGUAGGCCAGAGCAUAAAUCACAUUGAAGGAUUGGAAAGCUGUCCUUUGCUGCAGGAGCUCUGGGUAGUCCAGUGCAACCUGACAGAAAUAUCAGGAGUACAUAAUUGUCUGGAACUAAAGAAACUCUACCUUUAUGAUAACAGGAUCUGUGAAAUUACAAAGUUAGAGUUGCAAGUUGACCUAGAAGUCCUGUGGCUUAACAAUAACUGCAUAAAUCAGAUACAGGGCUUAAACUCUCUUCAGAAUCUCAAAGAACUUAAUCUUGCAGACAACAAAAUUGAAAAGAUUGGGUAUGGCCUUGAUCUUAAUGUCAACCUUCAGAAUCUUAAUCUUUCUGGGAACAAGAUCAGCUGCUUCAAGGAGUUGACCAAGCUCACCCGCUUACCUCAUCUGAAAGAACUAGAUCUGAAUGACCCUAUGUCCACCUCAAACCCUGUGUGUUUGCUGUGUAACUACGCCACACACAUUCUCUAUCACAUGCCAGGCCUCCAGCGACUCGACACAUACGACGUCUCGAGCAAGCAAGUCAAGGAAGCAGCUGAGUCCACAGUGAUGAAGAAAAUGAUGUACUACAACAUGCGCAUACGCACCGCUCAGAGGAACCUGGCAGAGAUUCGGCUCAGUUUGAUGGAGAGGAGGAAAACCAUGUUACAGUUACCAGAGGAAUGCAUCAGAACAAUCAAUCAGUCCAUUAAAAAUCUUGAACGGGAGCUCUCCAAGGUGCCAGCUGGAUGCAAAAAAUCUGCCUGCAUUUCAGAGGAUGCAUCAUCCCACCUGGUUGAAGGGUCAGCUGACAGAAGUGAUACAACUGUGGACAUCAGUCAUGAUCCUGCCCUGGAGUCCAAAAUGCUGAGAAAGAUUGAAGCACUGAGAGAGAGACUGGAGCUAUGGACAAGGAAAAUGGAUGAGAUUGAGUCCUGGUUCCAGCGAGAAUCAGCCCAAGCCACAAUCAUGAUGGAAUAUAGCAUCCAGUUUCUACUGAUGGAGCUGGAGAGUGUUGGAAAUAUUCGUUUAGAAGAGGGCUGCUCCAUAGACCCUUGGUUUACGUCUUGCUGCAACCUCCUGCUUUCCCGUUUCUCUCACUCAGACUUCAAGGUUUACAGCAUCACUGAUCUUAAGAUCAAUAAAGUGAUUCGCAUCCACAACAGUGCUCUGAGGCUUCGCUUUGAGGACAGAUUUCACAGCCUGCUAACCACUGAAGAGUCGGCUAACUUUUCACUGAAGAAUUACAGACGUCGGCUAGAGCACUUGUUCUAUGCAGUUGAUCCAGAGGAAAAUAAAGAAAAAGAAGAAAUUUUGUGCAUUCUAGAGGGAGGAUUCCAAACAUCCAAACAAAACAAGUCCUUGGAGACAGAGGGUGCUAUACCUUUAUCCAACAGCCUGAUUGUGACUGAGAAGCCCAGAAUUGAACAUUUAAUGCACAAAGUUAAAAAUGAGCCCCGGUACAGGAUGGAUCCAGUCCCCUUUAGGCAUGGUCAGAUUAUUGUUUCCAAAGUGUUUGUGGGCCACAGCAUGCCCAUCAAAGAAGGAGAACCUGUGGACAGAAGCAGCUAUCCCAGAGUAUACUCUGUGUAUCGAAAUGUGGACAAUAGGCAAAGAACUGCCAUGAGUGAAGAGAGCCCGCUUUCAUCUAAAACACACACUGGACCUGAGUGCAGUCCCAGGCGAAGACAAUGGUUCAUGUUUGACCAUGAGCUCAUCCUGCCUGAGUACAUCAUUCAUUUUGAAUACAUCACUACAGAUAAGGACAAUCCGGGCCAUAGCACAGGCACAAAUGCUACUCCCUCUAAUGAUAUUAUCCUAGACAAGGGAGUCCUCAAUAUGGACCCUGUGCUGAAACCACAGCCCAAAUUGUUGAGCUUGGAUGAUAAAGUCCUGCUCAGUGUAGCCAGAGCCAACGUGCUCAGUCAGAUCACUGUGCUGAACCUUCAUGGUAACAGUCUGAGGAAAAUAAAUGAGAUUUCCCACCUCACAGCUCUGAGGCAUCUUACGAUCAGCUUCAAUGAGUUCACACGCCUGGAUGACAUUGCUCACAUGCCGAACCUUGAGUUUUUGGAUGCCAGUUAUAACCACUUAGUGACCUUAGAGGGACUGAGGGGAUUGGGACGUCUCAAACAGCUCGAUGUUCGCUGGAACAAUUUGACCAAGACCAGAGAGGAUACAGCUGUACUGAGAAAACACACACCGGCUUUACUGAGGCUUGACACACGGUACAACCCCUGGAACAAGCCUGAAGCAGUCAGACAGACCAUACUGGGCCGUUUGACAACACUCACACAUCUGGAUGAUGUGAUGGUUGCAGAGGAGGAGGCUGCAGAUGCUGUUCAGGUGGUUGCUGGAUCUAAAAUUAACCAGGCAUCACUUCUGGCUCACUCAAAUACGAACAAUGACCGGCCCCGCAGUCUAAGCCUGCUGUCAACAGCCCAGCUUCUGUGUCUACUUAGUCCUGCAAAUUGGAGCAUAAACACAGAGCUGGAGCCUGACUGGAUGGAAAAGAUCACCACCCUGAACCUUAACAGUCAGAGGAUUUCCAAACUGAUUCAUCUCAAUAAGCUGAUCAACCUGCGCUGGGCAUCCUUUAAUGAUAACGAUAUCUCCAAAGUGGAGGGUCUAGAGGGCUGCUCUAAGCUGGAGGAGCUUUCUCUCAACAGUAACAGCAUCAGCACACUCAAUGGUCUCUCAAAACUACAUAACCUCAGUAAAUUGAGUCUGGAUGGCAAUCAGCUGACUUGUCUGGAUGCCUCGGUCUUAGACCAACUGCCUAACUUGUCCUUUCUGUCUUUGGAGAACAAUGCUAUCAGCUCCCUUCACGGCAUCCAGAGAGUUCGCUCCCUUCUUGAGCUUUACAUUGGCAACAACAGAAUUUCAACAUCACAAGAUAUCUACUUUUUAAAGGGAUUGUCAAAUCUCAUCAUUCUUGAUCUUUAUGGAAACCCUCUAUUAGAGCGACUGGAAAACUAUCGCAUUUAUGUCGUCUUCCACCUCCCCUCCCUAAAAGCUCUGGAUGGCAUUGCUGUUGAGGUAACUGAGUGGGAAAAUGCAAAGGACAUGUUUGGAGGAAGACUAACAACUGACAUGGUUGCAGAGAAGCUUGGCCACUCAAACUACACAGACAUCACUUACCUCACCCUGCAGUCCUGCUCUAUAAGGAUGGUCGAUUUGUCUCCACCAGACCUGUUUUGUAGCCUCCUUAGUGUCAACCUAGACCACAACAGCCUCACGUCUUUUUCAGGCCUCAUCUAUCUGCCCAACAUAAAAGCUCUGUGUCUGAAUUACAACCACAUUGAGUCCAUCCUGCCCAGACAGAAGACCCAGGCUCACCUGACAAAAAGACAGAUACUGCACAGCAAAGUUCACUCCAGUGGGUACGGCCAACAGAGCCCAUUCAAAGGCAAAGGGGAAACUGGGCCCACUGGCAGUCUGGAGCCGCUGAUGGGCAGCCUGGAGGUGCUGCAUUUGAGUCACAAUGGCAUCUCCAAUAUGGCCAAUCUGCAGCUCAGCAGGCUCACCAAUCUUAAGGCACUCUUUCUCCAAGGUAAUGAGAUCAGCCACGUGGAAGGAUUAGAAGGGCUUCACCAGCUAAGAGAGCUCGUGUUAGACAGAAACCGCAUCAAAUCUCUGGCUGAAAACUCUUUUGCCGCGCAGAACGCCUUAGUAGAGCUGCACCUCACAGAGAACCGCAUCCGGGAGCUCAACCAUUUAGAGCCGUUAACUGAGCUCCGCAAGCUUUAUCUGGGCACGAACAAGCUGCAGGACAUCAUAGAGCUGGAAAAACUGGAAGCUCUCCCAUCACUGUCGGAGCUCUCUGUCGUUGGCAAUCCUGUGGCAAGAAAUUCUCUCCACAGACCAGAUGUGGUGCUGCGUCUGUCCUCUCUACAGGUGCUGGAUGGAGUGGUGGUGACCUUGGAGGAAAAAACACGGGCGGAACUUCUCAGUGCUGAUCCACCACCAUGUUCCCAAUACCCCGGAGCUUCUCUUCCCUCAUCUGAGAUAACCCUGCCUGGACUGCGACCUCUAAUGCCUCGAAACCCUCCUCUAAGAGCAGUGGGUUUAAGUGGAGGACUACAGAGCUCUAUCCAUAGACAUGAUAUCCUGCAGAGUAACAUGGAAGAUGCUCAGUAUCAUUACACAUACACAAACAAGAGGAACAAACAUGUAAAUGCCCCUCGGAGCAUUCAAACUGAAAUAAACUUCAGACACAGCCGAAGAACAGGAAGUAACCCGCCGACCACAGGUCUCCUCCCUGAUGGGACCAGAGUCAUCAUCACCUACCCUAACCAGGAGACAGCAGACAGCAGAUUUCCAAAUGGUGGCAGACAUCCUCCCAUGUAG